AUGCCGCUGGCUUCGCGUACCGAAGCGCUCGCGGCGUCCGAGCCGGGGCGGGCGGCAUCCGAGCCUCAAGGGGCAGCGGUCGCGACGGAGGCGGAGGGCUUGCGCUUGCACCUCUCGAGCAGCGGCAACACCGGCUACAGGGGCGUGCGCAAGCAGGCCUCUGGCCGCUUCCAGGCACGGCACAUGGUGAAUGGGAGGAGUGUCAGCCUCGGCUACUUCGACACGGCGGUAGAGGCGGCGGUGGCGUAUGCGCGGGCGGUCGGCGAGUACCAGCCUCCGACAGUGGCCACGGAGGCUGAGGGCUUGCGCCUGCACCUCUCGAGCCGCAGCAACGCCGGCUACAGUGGCGUGUGCAAGCACCGCCCCUCUGGCCGCUUCGAGGCGCGUCGCAAGGUGGAUGGCAAGGAUGUCUACAUCGGUAGUUUCGGCACGGCGGUGGAGGCGGCGGUGGCCUAUGCGCGGGCGGUCGGCGAGCUGCAGGAGGCUGGUCGGCUGCGAGGAGGAGGCGACUGGAUCUCCGCCGAUGCGGCGCCCUUCGCGCCGGGCAGCGCAGACGUGCGGCUCCUCGCCGAAGCGAUGCGGACGCGGAGCUUUCCGCGGGCGGUCGUGCUCACCGAGGCGAUGGCGGUGCAGCUGUACGGGCUGGUGAUGAAAGCGAAAGACAGGAAAAUUGCCGGGCUGCAGUGCUGCUCGCUUCUGGCCGACGUUGGGGUGCAGGAUCGAUGCGGGCUGUACUCUGCGCUGGCCUCGCUCGCUGCCGGCGAGUACCUCGAGCUGCGGCGCUCCGCAGCCGAUGCCACAACCGCGGCGAAGCUUCUUGAGCUCUAUUUGAAACGGAUGUAUCAAAACUGCAUUCCCGAGCUGAAGAAGAUGAAGCGUGUGCCCCGGGAGGCGGCCUGGCUGGAUGUGCUCCGCCGCGACCACUCCAAGGGCCUCUCCUUCACCUUCAAGCGGGACCUGCUCGUCCUCGAGGAGGAGGCGGAGGGCUUGCGCUUGCACCUAUCGAGCAGCAACGCCACCGGCUACAGGGGCGUGCGCGAGGACUCAUCCUCUGGCCGAUUCGAGGCACGGCACAUGGUGAAUGGGAGGAGUGUCAGCCUCGGCAGCUGCCUGCUGCCCGAGCAUUUGCCGCACCAGCGGGCGCUCUGCCCGCUUCACCCCUUCCAUGCGGCCGAGAGGCUGGUCGCGGCGCCAAUCGAUGGCAACGAGGCGGUUUGCCCCAACUGCUAUUGCCUCAUCUGCGACGCGCCCGUGUCCGAGUGCCGCCACUGGCGGGGCAGCGACACGCUGGCGCACUGCAAUGCGCAUAGCAGCAGCACACUGUGGCGCCAGAAGCGCGUCAAUGCGAAGCGGCAGCGCACGCGGGUGGUGCGGGCAGCGCAGGCGUCGGUCGACCCGCAGCUUGCGCAGCCUUCUCGAACUGGUCUGAGGAGCGGGCUUGGGAGCACCGCAUCGAUGUUCGACGUCGCAAUCACCAUCAGCCCAAUGUGA